ACCGAAGACGGAAAAUUUUCCCAGAAUUUGUCAUUUGAAAAGAAAAUCGAGCGACAAUAUAACGUUAAAAAUAAAGUGUUAAUUUUAAUUGCUUGAACUUUUGACGAAAGUUGAGUAAAUUGUAAAUUGUACUAAAUUUAUCGUAUUUAGGUGCAUAAUAGGUUAUUUAAUAGAAACUCCGCUAUUUAUUCAUAAAAAUGGCAAUUAGAUUAGCGAACGUGUAUCUGGGUAUGCCGCUCAGAAGCGGAGUACGUUAUUUGUCGGCUUUAAGUAGAACAGCCUUGCAUGUCGGGCAGCCGAAAAAUAUAGCUAAGGUUGAUAAUAGUAAAUCUGGAGAUUGUGAAGAUGAUCGAUGUUCAGAUGCGACUCUUCGAGGACUUGUGCUUGGUGUAUAUUCGAAUGAAGAUGAUAAAUUAGACCCUGGUGUUUUGACCCCUACUGCCUACAAGUAUAAUAAGUUGAAAACAGGUGGCCGAUUGUUGGACCUGUUACGUAUUGCUGGUCCGAUGCCCAAACGAGGUGAAUACAGGAUAUUUUAUGAUUUGGAGUCCACCUAUUCGGCAGUAUGUGUGGUGGGUCUCGGCUCUGAAUGUUUAGGCUAUAAUUCUUAUGAGAUGAUUGAUGAACAUAAAGAAGCGAUACGUAGAGCGGCUGCAGCUGGUUGUGUAGCUUUGCAAGAUAUUCACGCGGAAAAGGUAGUUGUGGAGAGUUUUGGUCAUGCUGAGUCAGCAGCGGAAGGUGCUGCACUAGGUGUAUGGGCCUAUCAGGAUUAUAAAAAAAGAGACGACCAAAUCGUCAUCCCUUCUUUAGAUUUGCAUACCGAACAGGGUCAUGAGUGCGAUUUUGAUGGCUGGCGAAUAGGAUUACAAAAAGCUGCCGCCCAAAAUUUGGCCAGACAACUGCAGGAAACUCCGUCCAAUCAUUUGGGCCCCACAUUCUUUGCUCAGAAUGUGGUAGACGUUCUUUGCAAGUCGGGUGUUAAUGUUGAAGUGAAAGUGAAAGGCUGGGCGGAAAGCCAGCAGAUGCAUUCAUUUUUGUCUAUAGCGAAAGCUUCCUGUGAGCCACCAAUAUUUCUUGAAUUAAGCUACUAUGGGACGAAUCGUGAAGAAAGACCAAUAGUCUUGAUUGGUCAAGGCGUUACGUAUGACUCAGGUGGCCUAUGCCUUAAGAACAAGUAUGAAUUGAGUGACAUGCGCGGCGAUAUGUCUGGAGCAGCUUGCGUAGUGGCUGUUUGCCGAGCAAUAGCGUCUUUGCAGCUGCCUAUUAAUCUUCGAGCCUUGAUUCCUUUAUGUGAAAACUCUCUUGGAUGUAAUUCUUGCAAACCAGGCGAUGUAUUGAAGACGUUAAGUGGGAAGCAUGUUGAAAUAGAGAAUACUAAACGAGAAGAUGCGCUCGUGACAAUCGAUGCCUUACUCUAUGCUCAAAACUUCUGGCCAAAGUUCAUAGUGGACAUAGGGACAACAUCGAAAAAAACUAAAAACGCUUUCUGUGAGGGUGCCGUGGCGGUGUACACGAACUCUGAAGAGUUGUGGCAACAAAUGAAAAACGCGGCAGCUCACACUGGGGAUCGCGUAUGGCGAAUGCCCCUUUGGAGAUAUUUCUCCUAUCUUGUCACGCAUGCACAGCAAGUCGACACUCAGAAUGUGGGUGAAGAUAAUGGUGGCAGUCCAUGCCGAUCGGCAGCCCUCUUAAGGGAGUUUGUUCCUUGUGGGCAGUGGGCACACGUGGAUGCCAGGAAUGUGAUGACAACGGAUGGCAGGGACUAUGAGUACUUGCGUCGUGGAAUGGCUGGUCGUCCGACAAGGACAAUUAUCGAAUUUCUUGCUCAAAUGGUGUGUCAUGACACCGAGCCAUCAAUUAAACAAGUUCAUAUGGACGGGUGAAUUUACUCUUUCAAAGUAGAACAACGAAGGUAAACAUACAGUGAAGUAUACAAUAAUAAUAGUGACAUUUAAGGAUCUAGUGUACAAUAGUAUUGGUUAAUUGUAAAUUGAAAAGUAAAUUUUUAGAAUUCACCCGACGAAAAUAUAUGACGCAGUACUGGUCGCUGUGGCCGAUAAA